AAUUGGGGGGAGGGAGAGAGAGAGAGAGGAGAGAAGAGAAGAGAAAAGGUGAAAGGUUAGGGAGGAACCCACCUUCAUCAGUUUCGCUUUCUAGGAGACCAAAUUCAAGGGAAAGUGAGAGAAACAGAAGAAGAGUGAGAGCGAGAAAGAGAAAGCGAGAUGGAAGAAAAGCUCAGAGAGAAGAAGCGAGGGAAGUGAAACAAAGAAGAUGAUGGUGACGGUGAUGAUGAUGAGAGAGAAAGAGUCGGCAACAAUAACUUCAGAAGAAGAAAACAGAAACGCAGUGUGAGACUCGAGAGAAAGAAAGUAAGGUCGUCCCUCGUUCGUUCCUUCGUUAUUGCAUUAUUAUCUAUCUUCCUCUCUGUACUCUCUCAGUCUCUCUUCACUCUAGUCUUCUCUCUCUCUCUCAAACCCUUUCUUCCCUUUUUUUUUUUUGGGAAAAAAUCCGAAGUGGCAGACGCAGUAGAAGUAACUACAACAGUAGCAGAAGGACCAGAAAACAGAAGGGACAGGAGAAGAAGCACGGAACAGCUUCGUUUCUCUUUCUUCGGAGAGCAAGAUCUCUCAUCUCUCUAUUCCCCUAACUCAAUUACACUUUUACAGCUUCCCUUCUCUCUCUCUCUCUCUCUCUGUGAUAAAUUUGCAGAGACCCCACUUCAAUAAGACCCGCAUCAGAUACAAUCCAUAUAGAUUGCCUUCCAAGUUUCAGAAGAUCUAUAUCACUAUACCCUUCAUUUAUAGCCAGACAAUCAUACCGUAGCAUUCUAUUUCGAUUACUACUAAUAUUAUUAAUAUUAAUUUUUUUUUUGGCUUGACUGGUUUUUCAAUCGGAGACCCUAUUUUAGUUUUGAAAUUGGGUUUUGUUUUUAACUCUACAUUCAGUAGUUGUGGCUACUACAAGGAGGCUGCCUUCAGAUUCUGGUGGUGCCUUCGCAGACUGGGCAACCACAUCCUCUGCCGGACGCGCCGCCGCGCCCGAUGAUCUCUCCCUGGGAUUCAAUGCCGGUCCCAGCUCCGCCGCCGGGGGGACUCCCGCCGGAAUGUGGUCCGGAGGGUCCAGGUCGGUCAACUUUGGCCAUUCCGAGAUGGGCAUGGUGGGCCUUCGGGAUGUCUUCGUGGUGGCGCCUGCUUCCUCGUACCAUAACGAUGUCGUCAUGCCCGAUCCUCACAUCCACGGCGUUGGUGUUAUUCCGCUUCUCACGGCGGCUCCUUGUCUCGAUGGUGACACUGGCAACAUGCUCAAUCUCAGCACUCAUAAUCGAAGCCGUAGCGGCGGAAUUCAGCUGUGGCAGGAUCAUUACUUGAAGAAGCAAGGCCUUCCCGAACACAACGGUACCACUAGCUCCGGCAAUCUAGCUCACAGCGGCGGCGGGCCGCUAAGCGGCUCGGCUUUGAGCUCAGGAGGCACAACAUGCCAAGACUGUGGCAACCAGGCGAAGAAAGAUUGCAGUCAUAGAAGGUGCAGAACGUGCUGUAAGAGCCGAGGUUAUGAUUGCCCUACUCACGUUAAGAGCACGUGGGUACCCGCCGCUCGUCGGAGGGAACGCCAACUUAUGGCCUCCGCCGCCGGCGCCGGUGGCGGUGGGUCUAGUGGGGCCACAUCAAUAUCCAAGAAACCUAAACUUGUCGCCUCGCAAACCACUACCACUUCGCGUACUUCAACUUCCAACACUACUCGUAGCUUCGACACUAGCUCUAGCCAUCAAGAUGCGAGUUUCAAAGACUCAUUGCCGGGUCAAGUACGUGCGCCGGCCGUGUUCAAGUGCGUUCGUGUCACGGCUGUGGACGACGGCGGGGACGAUGAGUAUGCUUAUCAGGCUGUUGUGAAGAUUGGUGGCCAUGUGUUCAAAGGGUUUCUGUAUGAUCAAGGGGUUGAAAAUGGAGAAGGUUAUCCUAAUAUCUCGGAGCUGCAUUUGGGGGGCGGCGGCGGCGGAGGAACCGGCGCAAGCGGCGGGAGAAAUGGAGCCACAUCGUCAUCCACAAUGCUGGAUCCUUCUGAUGUAUACGCAGCUGCUUCAUGUGGGGGUUUCCUUGCUGGUUCAACCUAUGGUAAUGCAAUGAAUUGAUCAAACUGUAAUGGGAUGUUAAUUGAGAUGGGCUUAGAAAGCAAGCAAACAAGAAUCAAAUCAUCAAAAUGAAAUGAACAACAAUGUAGGCUAAUCUAUCUUUUUUACUUAUUUUGAUUUGAUUUGAUAGGGGGUGGCAAAUUAUAUAUUAUCAGCAUCAUCAAUAUUUUUCUAUGUUUUGAAUCUUGUUAUAUAUUAUUUUAAUUUAAAUAUAUUGGUCACUCUUUCAACA